UCCAGCCUUCCAGUAUUUCGCGAACUUCCUUGCAUUCCAAAACCGAAAAUCCGCCAAAAACACAAGAAGAGGACACAAAACGCAUCGAGAGGCGUGAGCUAACGGUUCCUCCGAGUGCACACUUUUUUUUUCAUCAAUUUUUGAUCGUAGUGCGACACCCCGCCGAGCAUGUCGCCGAAUCGAUGGAUCCUGCUGCUCAUCUUCUACAUAUCCUACCUGAUGUUCGGGGCGGCGAUCUAUUACCACAUCGAGCAUGGCGAGGAGAAGCUGGCCCGCGCCGCCGAAAUGAAGGAGCAGGUUGAUAUCAACGAAUAUCUACUGGACGAGCUGGCGGACAAGAACAAGACCGUCCAAGACGAGAUUCUCGAGCGGAUCUCGGACUAUUGCGGCAAGCCGGUGACCCUACCCACCCAAAAUGACACGCCCUACACGUGGACCUUCUACCACGCCUUCUUCUUCGCCUUCACGGUUUGCUCCACCGUGGGUUAUGGUAAUAUAUCUCCCACGACCUUCGCCGGACGGAUGAUCAUGAUAGCGUACUCGGUGAUCGGGAUCCCCGUCAAUGGAAUCCUCUUCGCCGGUCUGGGCGAAUACUUUGGACGUACGUUUGAAGCGAUCUACAGGCGCUACAAGAAGUACAAGAUGUCCUCGGACAUGCACUAUGUUCCUCCGCAACUGGGAUUGAUCACCACGGUGGUGAUAGCCCUGAUCCCAGGCAUAGCCCUCUUCCUGCUAUUGCCCUCCUGGGUGUUCACCUACUUCGAGGACUGGCCCUACUCCAUCUCGCUGUACUACAGCUAUGUGACCACGACCACGAUAGGUUUUGGUGACUAUGUGCCCACUUUCGGGGCCAAUCAGCCUCGAGAGUUUGGCGGCUGGUUCGUGGUCUAUCAGAUCUUUGUGAUCGUUUGGUUUAUCUUCUCCCUGGGCUACCUAGUCAUGAUUAUGACAUUUAUAACUCGAGGCCUCCAGAGCAAGAAGCUGGCGUACUUGGAGCAGCAGUUGUCCUCCAACCUGAAGGCCACCCAAAAUCGCAUCUGGACAGGUGUCACCAAGGAUGUGGGCUAUUUGAGGCGCAUGCUCAACGAGCUCUACAUCCUCAAAGUCAAGUUUUGUCGAAAGGGAAAUAGAAAGAAGUCGAAGAAUAAGGCUAAGACUGAGCAGAAAAAGAAGAGCGGCCGAAAUAUCGCCUACACACUGCCCCGCUCCAACUCCUGUCCGGAUCUAAGCAUGUACCGCAUCGAGCCCGCUCCCAUUCCCAGCCGGAAGAGGGCCUUCUCGGUGUGCGCCGACCUGGCUGCCGCCCAGCGGGAGGCCGGCCUCCUGGUGCACGCCAGCUCCGACACCGAGCUGAGCAAACUGGAUCGCGAGAAGACGUUCGAGACGGCGGAGGCCUAUCGACAGACCACCGAUCUGCUGGCCAAGGUGGUCAGUGCCUUGGCCACCGUGAAGCCACCGCCGGCGGAGCAGGAGGAUGCGGCCCUCUACGGUGGCUAUCAUGGCUUCUCCGACUCCCAGAUCCUGGCCAGCGAAUGGUCCUUCUCCACGGUGAACGAGUUCACCACACCGCGCCGUCCGAGAGCUCGUGCCUGCUCCGACUUCAACCUGGAGGCUCCUCGCUGGCAGAGCGAGCGGCCACUGCGUUCCAGCCACAACGAAUGGACCUGGAGCGGCGACAACCAGCAGAUCCAGGAGGCCUUCAACCAGCGCUACAAGGGACAGCAGCGCGCCAACGGAGCGGCCAACUCGAACAUGGUUCACCUGGAGCCGGAUGCCCUGGAGGAGCAGCUGAAGAAGCCAUCGCCAGCGGGCGCAGGUCGCGUCAAGAAGUUCUCCAUGCCGGAUGGCCUGCGUCGCCUGUUCCCCUUCCAGCGGAAGCGACCCUCGCAGGAUCUGGAGCGCAAGUUGUCGGUGGUGUCGGUGCCCGAGGGUGUCAUCUCGCAGCAGGCCCGAUCUCCGAUGGAGUACUACAGCAACACGGUCACGGCGACCUCCAGUCAGUUUUAUAUGCGCAACGGACGCGGCCCACCGCCGCCCUUCGAGUCCAAUGGAAGCCUGGCCAGCGCCGGCGGCCUGACCAACCUGGGCUUCCAGCCGGAGGAUGGCGCCACGCCGCCUUCGGCCUUGGGUGGAGGAGGCGGAGCCUACCAACGCCGGGUGGCGGCCGGCAAGCGGCGACGCGAGAGCAUCUACACCCAGAACCAGGCGCCAUCCGCUCGCCGGGGUAGCAUGUAUCCGCCCACGGCCCACGCCCUGGCCCAGAUGCAGAUGCGCCGCGGCAGCCUGGCCACCAGUGGCUCCGGAUCGGCGGCCAUGGCAGCGGUGGCCGCUCGCAGGGGCAGCCUCUUCCCGGCCACCGCAUCGGCCUCGUCGGUGGCCUCGGCUCCGCGUCGCAGCAGCAUCUUCUCGGUGACCUCCGACAAGGAUAUGAACGUCCUGGAGCAGACGACCAUUGCGGAUUUGAUUCGCGCCCUGGAGGUGGUGCACACCCAUGCUGUGCUCGAUGAACAGCAGCAGGCGGCGGCGGCAGCUGGCGGGCCAGGAGCAGGAGGCUCAACAAAGGGCAGCCGAAAGCAGCGCAAGAUGGGCAACGCGGGACUGGACCCGCCACAGCUGCCACCGAUCCUCUCGCUCUUUGCGGGCGACCAGACGAGGACACUGCAGGCGGCGGCGGCCAAUCGUUUGUACGCCCGUCGCUCCACCAUUGUGGGCAUAUCGCCGACUGGAGGAGCAGCUGGUCCAGCGGUCAGAUCUCUGCUCGAACCGCCACCGAGCUACACCGAAAGAGCCGGAAGUCAGAGCCAGCUGGCGGCGGGUAACGCUGCUUCCGGUCCAUCGGCGAAUGCCCCAGCAACUGGGCAGAGCAAGUUCCGUCGUCGCUUCAGCGUCAGGCCGACGGCUCUGCAGAUUCCACCUGGACAGGCGCCGCCGCCGGGUGCCAAUUUGAUGGAACAGUCCUCGCAGUCGGCGCUCCAGCGACGCCUCUCGCUGCGUCCCUCGCCGCUGGCCCGCGAGCUGUCGCCCACCUCGCCGCCCGGCGGAACUGGAGCGGCAGCUCUGGGCGCCGCCACCGAGGAGGCCGGCGGAACGUCCGCCCAGCGGCUGCUGCCCCUGCCCGCCGGAACGAGACCCAGCACCAGCAGCACCCACUCGCCGCUCUCGAGGAUCGUGCAGAUCUCGCAGGCGCAGCGCAAGAGCAGCAUGCCCAGCACGGCGGCGGGCUCAGGAUCGGGUGCCGGUGGAUCGAGUGGAUCCACCAGCGAGAAGUAGUCACAUACGUAGCUCCGUAAUCGGUUAGAUGUAUUGCCAACUCGUUUAUGUCCAUGUCCCGCGGAAUCGUUGCACCCACUGUUUCUAUUCCACAUAGUCGAUAAGGCUGCCAAAGGUCCUUAGUUGUUAUGCUAAUGUUAUCCGUAACCCAUUUACGUACGUUUAUCCAGUUGUCCUAGUGUUAUGUAUUUUUAGAGCUAUCUCUUCCUCCAUUGUUAUGCUGUAUUUAUGCCUGUAUCUGCAUCUAUGUCUAUUAUUCUAUUAUUAUUAUAUAUAUAUUCCUUUAUGUCUAUUGCUAAGAAGGGGCUUAUAUGAACAAAACUAUCCGCGUGUUUCAGGCAUUCGAUUGCGACCCGAAAAGGAUCUCAAUACAAGUGUUACUUCAUUUAGCUCCUAGAUUCAUUUCACUCCCCGAACAUUCCAAAAGCUGUUAUACAAUAAAGAUAAUAUGCGAAAAUCAGAAA